GUGAAUAGUAGUUUUUGCUUAUUUCCUUUCCAUACGUCGGGUCUGGUGUGACACGUGCUCAUUUUCGAAAACUAUAUGGAAGUCAAAGAUUGGAAGUGUAUGAUCAUAGAAGCAAACUGAAGUUGUUCGUAUCGAUAAUGAGUAUUCAAAUUGUGGACUCCGAAAACGCGCACUAACUAAAACGCCGAAGGUUGUCUGCAGUAGUGUGUGUAUUCUCUUUCAUCUAGGUCAAUAGUUUUUAUUCUUUCAUCUACUCACUAUACUAAAGUGAAAUAUAUCAACUUGAAUCAAUUUGCUGCAAAGUCAGGCUCUAAAGUGUUUUUGUGUGUGCUUACGGACAAAUUAUGGUCCAUCCUUCAUUGACAACCCUAUAAGCUAGUUGCCUAUGUGGAACAUUGAUCGGGAAACUACAGCAAAUAGCGAUAUUUUAUCUCAAGUAACAAACCGUUCAAGUACCUCAGGAGAUUUCAAAAAAAGUUUAAUCUGUUCGGUAAAGCUCCAAAGAUUUCCGUGUUAAAUUUCAGAGAAGUCACAUUCAUAACUGAUUAACACUUUCGUAUAAUGCAAAAGACUAUCAAUGAGGCCAAAAGGAUUGGUGCAUUCUAUGACUUUAAUACGUUUGCACAAAAUAGUCUUACGAAUAAUUUACGUUGGUUUUUUAUUCUAGACUUCGAAUCUACGUGUUUCGAAGAUGACAUUAAAAAGCCUGCUGAAAUCAUUGAAUUUCCUGUCGUUGUACUAGAUUCAGUUACGGGAACACUGGUAGAUUCAUUUCAAAGUUUCGUGAAACCAACAGAAAAUCCGGAACUAAGUGUAUUCUGUUCUAAUUUAACCAGCAUUCAACAAUGCGAUGUAGAAAAUGCUCCUACUUUGGCAGUUGUUUUGAGAAAGUUUGAGCAUUGGCUUCGAAAAGCCAAAGAAAAUUUAGGAUGUUCCUUUAAAGGUCAACCAACUUCAACAGCUAUAUUCGUAACAUGGACUGACUGGGACAUAAGUACAUGUUUAUGGGAUGAAUGUAGACGCAAAAAACUACCUCUUCCUGGUGAUAUGCUGAAUCGUAUCGAUUUAAAGGCAAUAUUUCAACAGUGGCUUGGCUCUCAUAAAAUUGGACAGAAAUGGCGAGGUGGUUUAAAGGAUGCACUUAACCUAAUUGGAUUACAUUUUGAAGGUCGGCCACAUAGAGGAAUUGAUGAUGCUAAAAAUACAUCUCGACUACUUCUUCAUCUACUUUCAAAAAAUGUUCUCAAUUUAGCGACUUCAUAGAAGAGCUCUUUUCUAGAUAACUUUACAAACACAAAUAUAUUUUUGAUACUCAGUCAAUAAUUUCUGCCAAUUGUGGAGUAAUAAUUUGAUAGUGGAAUUUAUGAACCAACAUUGUACUGCAGAUAAACAAUCUGCUGUCCGGUUUAAAAAACCUUCCCUUGCACUUUUGGGUGAAUUGAAAUACCUACUGAUAUUUUUGUCUCAAACAAUUUUAUAACCGUAAUACUGUAUUUCGUAUAAAAA